AUGCCUCCACCAAGACAGAUUGAGUCGCAAAACCCUCUCACCACCAUGUCCACCAACCCCCGCCAUGUCAUCGUCACACCUGCUCACCCAAGGAAAGAUCCAGAAAGAUACCCCAUCUGCAUCGCCGCGACUCCAACAGCAGCAGCAGCCGCACCUACCGUGCCAACAGCCGCUACGACCCCGCCCCAGCCACGUUCCGGCACCUGCUGCACCGCAGCAGCCUCUUCUGCGACCUGCUCAGACUCAAGCUUGACAACGACGCCUUCACCCAGCACACGGAAGACACACUGCCGCAACCCCUGA